AUGUCAAGAAAUCCGUUUGAUGUCCCUGAUAUCAGAGCUCGCCUUAUCCAAGCACUUGAUACUAACUCUGUAGUUGCGUGCAGUCGAGUAUCUAAGACAUGGAACGACUAUUUCACACAACGAGCUUGGAAAAGCAUUGAUCUCAAGGCGAAGUCAGACCUCAAGGAAUUGGACCCAAGGAUUGUAACCAAGAAUGGGCAUCUGAUUCGGCAUAUCAAGGGAAUUAAGAAACGAUCUGAACUCGGGAUUUUUUUUGCAGCAUCUAGUGUAAAAUAUCUCGAGAGUUUAUGUCUCGGUGUGAAGUCUAAGCAUGGAUUUCGGCCACAGACGAUCAAACUAAUUCAACGUAAUCUGGCAACACUUAACAGGUUAGAGGUAUGGGGAAGGUCUACGGAAUCGGACCGAGUAGAAUUUGGGUGGCUGGUAGAAGCAUUAAUGCCACUGCCGCCUUUCAACAAUGACAAUACUUGUAGUGGCUCACGUUUGACACACCUGUCACUUGGAUAUAUUCAAAUGACACGGCAUGCUUUCUCCAAGAUCCUUUCCUACUGUCCUCGUCUCAAGGAUAUGACCAUUAGCCAUUGCGGCUUUCUUGGAAGCAGCAAUGCAUCAACAACAUCAGCAACAGCAAGUGAGUCAACGACAGCAAAUGAUGAGGAAGUUUAUUUUGGACACAAGGGUGUGACCUCCAUCUAUGCAUCACUCAGUCAGGUCUUUCAUCCGACACGAUGUGGUUCAGCUAUACCACUCCUAGUCCAUUUCCCUGCCCUAGAAAAAUGGGAAGUUUGGAGCUAUAUGACACCAUUGGACCCUGCCGCCAGUGUAAUCCAAUCGGCACUUCGGGAGUACUGUCCACAUUUAAAAGGAGCGGCUGUUAACCAUACAGCGGGUCCUGUGGCACAUGAGUUUCUUCGUAAAGUCUUUGUUCAUUUAUCAUAUAUUGCAUUUCCUUACAAGAAAUUGAGACCUGAAGUGAUCUUGGGAAUUUUGGUCCACCAGUCGACAGUACAAACAAUUCGAGCGUAUGAUAGUAACUUUCGAAGCUUUAGUUACUAUGUGGAUGAAGUGUUGCCGGUGGCGGCACAGGAUCCAUUUACAGAAUCAUGGAUGAUUCAGUUGAUGAUGUCCCGUUGUCCCAAGUUGUUGUGUGUGGAUUUUCCGACACAUGAGAUGAAUAUGGAUAUGGUGGAACAGUUUCCAUGGAUAUGCAAGGAUCUGACAUAUCUAGGGGUGCGGAUUCGAGGCCUGGAUACGAAAGACCUGAUUAUGACAGUGAUUAAGAAAUGGGCUCGAGGAUGUCAUGCGCGGCGGCGACGAAAGAAAGCGGAGGUAGCAGCCGCAGUAUCAUGUCUACAAACCAAGGAGAAGAUCAAAAAGAGGAGGAAAAAGAAAAACGGAGAAGAGGAUGAAAAGGCAACGAGUGAAAGGCAAGAUGAAGAAGAAGACGGAGGAAGCGGAGAAGACGAAAGCACGAAAAGGAAAAGCAUGAAAGAUGAGGGGGAAGAAGUGAAGCCGAAGAAAAUGGAUAUGUUAGGGCACCCAGAAGGGCAACUGCCUCUAAUGAACGCAGCACUGUUAGAGGAACAAGACCUGCUGUUGGCAAGCGAUGUGUCAACAAGUCAGGUUCUCGACACAGAGAAGACGGCGCUGGUGAACCGAGUAGCCCGACAUUUGCUCCAGUUUCCGCGACUGAAAGUCAUCUGGUUAGGCUACAAACUAUGGACAGUGCCAACAUAG